AGACAAUCAGGAGAUUUGAAGCAAAAUGCCUGCUGAUAAUCGAUUUCCUCGUAUAUGACUACCUAAUGAAAUGACGGCAUAGGUACCGCUACGAUUUUUCAGGGGUUGGGGUUGAAGUUGGGGUUAGGGUUAGGGUCUUUGAAGCCAUUCAGCUCACCGCAGAUACCUACCGUUUACGGUAGACUUCGCUUCAUCAUUGAGGCAUCGCGUUGGGGGCUAUUUAUGCCUCACAAUUGAACGAUCUUCAUGAUGCUGAAGUGUAUAUACCCAUCUCACUGCAUCUAUAACUCAGCCUCUGUUGAACUAUAGCAUACUCUCGACUUCAGCUCAAUCUUGGUAGGCCCUUAUUAAUGGCGCAAGAACGUACGUAAGGUGUUGUGCGAGUCAUUCAAGACGACCCUAUCUAAAAUUGGCACCUAAGUAUCAAAUAUCCGUCUUCUGAUUCGUCAGUUCUUAAGAUUAUGGGGCUUGUCAGCACUACAUUCAGCGGAGUUAGGGAUUCGGGAUACUUCCGAUUGAAGUAAGUCUCCAUAUACGAUGGCAUAGUAGACCAUUCGAAACGAGUUAGGCUUCGCAUCAUGGGCCUAUUUUACCUGGAGUCCUCUUCUUAUCUUACUUACCCUGGUAGUUAGCGUGCUCCGUUAAAUAGACGACUAUUCCGACUUCCAAGAUUGAAAAAAUGUCUAUAGGAUCAUGGAAUCAAUUCCUUCCUGACAACACAUAAUAACGAUGGUCGGCUAUACGCGAGCGCGUCGCAACUCAAAUGAGAUUAGCGAGGCGUCGACUUUACUAGAGGGAGAAGAACGCUCUGAUCGGCCUCAGCGCCCGUCGCAUCGCCCCCAUAUAUCUUUGGGCUCAAUUCCGAGCGUGCACGUUCCCAAGAUCCACAAUGGGCGCACUAUCAUCAAUUUGUUGACCCUCAUCGCAUUUGUUGCCUCUUGCUCGAGCGGGUUCAUUGGAACCCCUGUGACGCGAGUCUUAGAAGACAUCGUUUGCAGGAAAUACUAUGGACUUCAACAAGAUGGCCCAAUUGACGAGAAAGAAUGCAAGGGGACCGAGGUUCAGGAACGGGUAGCGUUUAUCAUGGCCAUUGCGGGCAGUCUCGAUGCCGCAGUCGGUUUUCUCGCGGCUUUACCUUGGGGUUUUGCAGCUGACAGGAUCGGGCGAAAGCCGGUUUUCAUUAUCUGUCUCUUCGGAACGGUUCUGAACAUUCUGUGGGGAGUGACGGUUUUGUACUUCAAUAACGUAUUGCCUGUAGAAUUGAUCUGGCUUGGCUCCGCCGGCUAUUUGAUCGGGGGUGGUAACGCUAUUCUCAUAGGGAUUAUACUGAGUAUAAUCACCGACUCUACUACCGAAGAAAAAAGGGGUGUUGCAUUCGUACGUCUUCACGUCGCUAGUAUGUGUGGUGUUCUGCUUUCGCCAUCGAUUUCGUCCUUCGUGAUGGAAAAGCUAGGGCCGUGGCCACCAAUUUGGGCCGCUAUGGCCGCCCUAGUGACGAGCGCUAUCCUGUUCCUUUUCGUCCCAGAGACGCUAAAGCACCAACCGGAAGGAGAAGCUGCGCGGGCGCCGGAGGUUCAAACAGAGCCCCAAGCCAAAAAUCUCAAGUCACAAAUAUCGCAAUCGUUUACCCGGUUCAAGGAGUCCCUGUCCAUGCUCAAAUCCCCAUCCCUUAUCCUCCUUCUUUUGACAUGCUUGGGAUCCAUGCCAGUUUUGAUCGCAACGCUUGGAUUCAUGGCCCAAUUCAUCUCAAAGAGAUAUGAUAUCAGACUCGCGCAGACAGGUUACAUCCAGACGGGAUAUGGAGCGGUUACAGUCGUUCAAGCAAUAGCUCUUCUACCGUGGGUUUCACGGUAUAUCAUGAAGGGCACGGCGCCCAAGUUAUUGCGAGUAAAAGAUGAACACCAUCGCGAUCUCUACCUUGCGCGUUGGUCGUACGGGUUCCUAGCCGUGGGAAUACUCAUUCUUGCUAUCUCGCCGAGCCUCCCUGGUUUUAUCGUUGGGUUGGUUGUCAUGGCUCUUGGUUCUAGCUUUAGCAGCUUGACUAAGAGUCUUAUGAGUUUAUACGUCGACCCAGAGCAUCGUUCUCGGCUUUUCAGUAUUGUGGGCAUGGCAGACGUCAUCGGUAGCUUGUAUGCCCAGCCGGGUCUUGCCGGACUCUUUACAUUGGGCAUGCAACUUGGCGGUGGCUGGAUUGGAUUGCCCUACUAUGGGUUAGCGAUAGUCGUCGCUCUCGCUGGUUCCCUAUUAUUAUUCGUUAAAGUACCUAAGCAGGUUAAGGAUUCAUCGUCGACACGCGAGGAUGGGGAUGAUUCGGAUUAAAGAUUAGAUGUGGCUGGGCUGGGUGAAGUGGGACGUCAAAAUAGAUGACAUCGGUUAGACUGGAAUGGGCCAUCCCCAUCUUUUCUCAUUUUUACCUACCUCUUAGAUGUAGAAAUUAUUACGAUAGAAUGACCUGAGCCUGGUGCUCGAUAGAAUACAUAUCAGCAUAAUGAUUAACUUUAUGGUUUACGACGACGAAUACGAAACAGUAUAUAAGACGCUUCAAGGGAAUGUCAACACUACCUGCCUUAAGCGCUCUUAAGCGUCGUUGACAGCCGCGUCACUGAGGGUUAACUGCGAAGCGGGGCGCAUAUCGCGGGGCAAUCUUUUGAUACUGUAGAUACAUAGGUAGGUACCUUGGAACGUGUCUCUUAUCUCGAAUAUGUCCGGGGUAGAACGAUGUUACUGUCGGGACUUCUAGCCUUUUGCCGGCAUAUGUCUCAUUCGGUUACAUAUAAGAGGCUGAAUAAUUCGAUAGAGCCUCAUUAUGCUUAAAUGGUGGUGCCAUGCCGAGAAAGGACCCCUUGAAGACAUGGUGUUUUUUUGAUAUAUAGUCGAACCAUGUGUUAUCUUCGUUAUGGUAUCCAGCUGUUAACUGGUUCCACGCAAUCCAUUACGAAGCCUUAGAAUGAUAUGAAAAUGUAACCUGGCAAACAUUCAUUCGUAUGCUGUUAUACUCGUUGGACGUAUUUGGCUGGUGUAUUCGUUGACUAGAGUUAGUAGUUGUAUUGUAUUGUUGAGGUUUGUCA